UCCACGAGUUGAAGGGAACCGAAGAGGAUGACUUUGUCGGAGAUCGAGGCGAAGUUCGCCUCCAUGUUCGCCGUAGGCGUGGGGAGCUUCGUCGUGGGCAUGAUCCCCAUCUGCUUCGCAGCUCGAGGUCGCGAGGUUCGGAGGAAGCUGCUCCUGUCGUCCUUGCUCUGCUUCGGGGGAGGAGUCCUUCUGGCCACCGCCUUGUUGCACAUGCUCCCGGAAAUCCGAGAGACUCUUCCCGACUAUGCCGAGCUGAUGUUCUGCUGUGGCUUCCUCUUCCUCUACCUGGUGGACGAGACCGUGCAUUACUUCUGGGGAACCGAUGUAGAAUCUCCGAGGAAUGGCAAUAAUAACGAGACACCAUGCCAAGAAAGGACUCAGGACGAAAGACGGUGUCAACAAAGUCGCCAAGGAUCCAGCAUCAGCCAGGUGGAUUAUUCGGUAAUGUGCAAAAACAACGUCCCACCAGCAGCGCAGCAGCCAUAUUUAAAUUUCUCAUUCGAGCCAAACAUUAGGAGCAACAUUGCUCCGCAACAUGUAAAAAACACGCAUUAUGGGAGUAUAGUUGUACCUUCGCACGUUCCAUCGUGCUGCACCAGUGGAGAGACUUUGCUAUGCCAUGGUAACCAUACGGAACCUUGUGCCAAAAGCAAUACCGGAAUAAUGGGACUCCUCGUGGCAUUGACUUUACAUGCCGUUUUGGAGGGACUUGCCAUUGGCCUGCAAAACGAAUCCGUAGAGGUACUGCUACUUGUAGGAGCUGUUGCAUCGCACAAGCUGGUCGUGGGAUUCUGUUUGGGAUUGGAACUGAUCGGAUCGGCGACUUCUCUUCUGAAGUACGUCGUAGCGAUGUCCUUAUUUUCUGGGGGAUCCUCCUUGGGCAUCGGGAUAGGCAUGUGGACCUCUCGGGUGCACGAACAAUGGACGACGGUGGUGAUACCAGUCAUGAGCGGCUUGGCAGGAGGAACUCUGCUUUAUGUGACUGUCAGUGAAGUUCUGCCAAGAGAGAGAGCAAAGUGGCACAAAAGUAGUCGUCGAUCAGCUGGCAUAGUGCAGUUCCUCGCCGUCCUUUGCGGCUUUUUCCUGAUAUUCCUCCUCAACAAGUACAUGGAAUCCGCCCACUCGAUUAAGGGAAAGGCAUGAUGGAUGUCGAUAAGGAGGGUCGCUGACUAAAUUCGAUAACGAGGCAAUUUAGUGGAGUCAUGUGUACUAGUUCAGACGUUCGGCUGUGAUUUGGUCUUCAGAAAG